AUGAUUUUGAAGACAUCAAGUCGAGGGCGCGGUGCGUGCGACGCGCUGCCGCGAGACUCAUGCGCGGGCGGCUCCUUGCCGGUGUGUCCUCCGUGCGAGGCGCACGCGCGGCCCGCCUGCCGUGACGAGGCGCGCGCAACCCUGCGCGGCGUGCGUGCCGUCUGCCGCCCGCCCCCACGCGGCAACCGCCCACCCUGCCCAACGAGCCCUCCGCCCUGCUCGAUCACCUGCGAACAUCUGCACGCACAGGAGACACCAAGUGGAGGGCGCAGUGCGUGUGACGCGUUGCCGCAGGACUUGUGCGCGGGCGGUGCCACCCUGAGCGCCGUGCGCGCCGCCGGCCCGCCCUGUCCCACGUGCCCCCCGCGCUGCCCCACGUGCCCCUCGACCAGAGCAUUCACCUACGAACAUCUGUAUGCACAGGACUCUUCAAAGUCUUCAUCAAUGAACGAGGUCCAGUGCAGUACAAAGUUAUCAAAUGCGACUAGUGGAAGUUGCGGAGAUACCUUAGAUCGUGUAGCACAGCGCAUCUCAGCUGCAAAACUCGCGCGUCGCCUCGAAUAUGAACGUGAAGUAGCGGAACGAAAGAAACUCAUUGCUUCGCCACCGCCGCCCACUAAAUACUGGCUUGGCGUUGACCGUGAAACGGUACGCGCCACUGACGGUCGUGACUACAUAGUGCUACAUCCAAAUUCCACAGCUGCAGCUGAUUCUAAUAUUCAACGCCGAACUGAUACAGAGUCGAGUACUGUUGAGUUAGAUCCCGCCACAAGUUGUGAUAUUAACAGAGUUCCUCACGUGGACCCUUGUGCACAUCAUCCACGUAUUUUACUUAAAAUCGAUCGCAGUGAUGCCAAUAAUUCAUCCUCUUCUCAUCGCGUAUCUUCUCCGCCAAAUUUUAUUUCCAAACCAUUACAAUGCACACCUACUACUAGUAAUCAGCUUCGAUCUCAAGACUAUAGCGGGUUAAGUAAGAAAAUUGAUAAUAAAGUAACUGUCCCUAAAAAACAAUGUAAGGGAAACGGCCCCGAAAAUCUCACUGAUUGGUGCUCUUCUCCUCCAAAAAUGGCACCCGAACCACCUCGUUGUCGGCAGCCCUCCCUUGUCGAGCGAUUGCGACGUCGAUCUAAGAGUUCUUGCGAAGGGGUACGUAAAUUACACUCAGCAAUAAUUAAUUUGUCUGAAUACGACAACAACAAAAUCGACAAACAUAUCACAUCAAAAGCUGAACUACAGUCCGUUAUUUCUCAAGUUAUUGCCAAUACAGAAAAAUUAAAUAAAAUGUUUCAUGAAAGAAAUGAACAAGAAGAAACAGCAAGUGGUCGAAUUAUACUGGAAGAGCAAAGAAAAGGGCCUAUAGAGAGUGGAAGCCUAAAACUCCGUGUGCCGGCCGGCGCGCACACUGUGCAGUUGCGAGUGACUCUGCAUUCAGAUUCGGCACCACGACCUGUACUACGUGUUCGUGGUUCCCAUUCGGAUCACGAAAUAAAGCGCAACGCUCUCUUUGCUAACGCUGACAAAGCCGACUCGUGGCUAAAGAAACUAAAAAAUAUUAAAAAAAAUCUAUCGGAUUGUGGUAAAGAUUCCACGCCUACAAAUAAUCCUAGCUCUCAGGGAGGCGCAUGUUUAUCGCAAAAUGUUUCUCUCAAAGAUAACCAAACUACACCCAAAAAAGACAACCAAACAGCACCCAAACAAGACAACCAACACCCAAAGGCAGGACAAAAUUUUGAUAAAUCAGGUUGUAAACCAAAACAAACUUUAGAGUCAUAUUGUGAGCGAAAAAAGACUACACCUAAUUCAUCCUGUGAUACGAAACAUAAACCCAUUGCAUGCCCGGGUGAUUUGAAGCCGACGCCAAAACCUCCACGAUGUUCCUCAGGAAAAGAGCUACUACCGAACACGAUGGCACUCGCUUAA